ACUCAUUUGAGCCUGUGUCGAUCUAGGGGAGGCCCCCCGCGCACACCGGAGUGAGCAGAGUGAGCAGUGUUGACCGCCGGUGAGAGAGGGGCAGCAGACAGCGUUGUUGUUACCGGCACCCCCCUCUCUCUCUCGGGCUUGGAGCUAAAUAUGGCAACUUGCAGGGGCUGUUCUGAAAGUGUGGACUAAAAAUAACGGCGCGGGCCGUCAGCUACAAGUUGUGUGAAGGCACCAGAAACCUGCAUGGAGCUCUGUUGGCUUUUGACAACUGUGUAGCGAACCACACAGUUAUGUAUUAUCCAGACGAGGAGGUGCGGUGUGAUGAGGAGGAUGAAGAAAUCACGCCGGAUUUAUGGCAGGAGGCGUGCUGGAUUGUCAUUAGCUCGUACUUUGAUGAGAAGGGGUUGGUGCGGCAGCAGCUGGACUCGUUCGACGAGUUCAUCCAGAUGUCCGUGCAGCGCAUCGUGGAGGACUCGCCCCCCAUCGAGCUGCAGGCCGAGGCUCAGCACGCGUCCGGCCAGAUCGAGACUCCGCCGCGGUACAGCGUCCGCUUCGAGCAGAUCUACCUCUCCAAGCCCACGCACUGGGAACGCGACGGGGCCCCCGCCCCCAUGAUGCCCAACGAGGCGAGACUCCGCAACCUCACGUACUCGGCCCCGCUCUACGUGGACAUCACCAAGAGCGUAACGACCGCUGGCGGCGGCGAGGAGCAGCAGCAGCAGCGCUUGCAGACGCACGAGAAGACCUUCAUCGGCAAGAUCCCCAUCAUGCUGCGCUCCACCUACUGCCUGCUCAGCGGCCUCACCGACCGCGACCUCUGCGAGCUCAACGAGUGCCCCCUGGACCCCGGCGGUUACUUCGUCAUCAACGGCUCCGAGAAGGUGCUCAUUGCCCAGGAGAAGAUGGCCACCAACUCCGUGUACGUGUUCGCCAAGAAGGAGUCGCGCUUUGCCUUCUCAGCCGAGUGCCGCUCCUGCCUGGAGAACUCGUCGCGGCCGGUCAGCACGAUAUGGGUCAGCAUGCUGGCCCGCGGCGGACAGGGCGUGCGGAAAAGCACCAUCGGCCAGCGCAUUGUCGGCACGCUGCCCUACAUCCGCCAAGAGGUGCCCAUCAUGGUGGUGUUCAGGGGCCUGGGUUUCGUGUCCGACCGCGACAUCCUCGAGCACAUCAUCUACGACUUUGACGACCCCGAGAUGAUGGAGAUGCUGAAGCCCUCCUUGGACGAGGCGUUCGUGAUCCAGGAACAGAGCGUGGCACUCAACUUCAUCGGCUCCCGCGGGGCCAAGCCAGGUGUCACCAAGGAGAAGCGCAUCAAGUACGCACGCGACAUCCUGCAGAAAGAGAUGCUGCCCCAUGUGGGCGUCAGCGACUUCUGCGAGACCAAGAAGGCGUACUUCCUCGGGUACAUGGUGCACCGCCUGCUUCUCGCGGCGUUGGGCCGGCGGGAACUGGACGACCGCGAUCACUACGGCAACAAGCGGCUUGACCUGGCGGGGCCGCUGCUCGCGUUCCUCUUCCUCGGGCUGUUUAAAACUCUGGGGAAAGAGGUCCGAAUAUAUGCUCAGAAGUUUAUCGAUCGAGGCAAGGAUUUCAACCUAGAACUUGCCAUCAAGACUCGGAUCAUCACGGACGGACUCAAGUACUCGCUGGCGACCGGAAACUGGGGAGACCAGAAGAAGGCUCACCAGGCUCGUGCGGGCGUCUCCCAGGUGCUCAACCGGCUCACGUACGCCUCCACGCUGUCUCACCUGCGGCGCCUAAACUCGCCGUGCGACCGCGGCAGCAAGCUGGCCAAACCGCGGCAGCUCCACAACACCCUGUGGGGGAUGAUUUGUCCUGCCGAGACUCCUGAGGGCCAUGCCGUGGGUCUCGUGAAGAACCUGGCCCUCAUGGCCUACAUCUCGGUGGGCUCCCAGCCCUCCCCCAUCCUCGAGUUCCUGGAGGAGUGGAGCAUGGAGAACCUCGAGGAGAUCUCCCCGUCGGCCAUCGCAGAUGCAACCAAGAUCUUUGUAAACGGAUGCUGGGUCGGAAUACACAAGGACCCCGAGCAGCUCAUGACAACGCUGAGAAAGCUACGCCGCCAAAUGGACAUCAUCGUGUCGGAGGUGUCCAUGGUGCGUGACAUCCGGGAGCGGGAGAUCCGCAUCCACACGGACGCCGGCCGCAUCUGCCGCCCGCUGCUCAUUGUGGAGAAGCAGCGGCUGCUUCUCAAGCGCAGGCACAUCGAGCAGCUCAAGGAGCGCGAGUACAACGGAUACAGCUGGCAGGAGCUGGUGGCGAGCGGCGUGGUGGAGUACAUCGACACACUGGAGGAGGAGAGCGCCAUGAUCGCCAUGAGCCCCGACGACCUGCAGGAGCGUGGCGUGGCCUACUGCUGCACCUACACGCACUGCGAGGUGCACCCGGCCAUGAUCCUGGGCGUGUGCGCCUCCAUCAUCCCCUUUCCCGACCACAACCAGUCCCCCAGGAACACGUACCAGUCAGCCAUGGGCAAGCAGGCGAUGGGCGUGUACAUCACCAACUACCACGUGCGCAUGGACACGCUGGCGCACGUGCUCUACUACCCGCAGAAGCCGCUCGUCACCACGCGCUCCAUGGAGUACCUGAGGUUCCGAGAGCUGCCCGCGGGCAUCAACUCCAUCGUGGCGAUCGCCUCUUACACGGGCUACAACCAGGAAGACUCCAUCAUCAUGAACCGCUCAGCCGUGGAAAGGGGAUACUUCCGCUCUGUGUUUUAUCGCUCGUACACGGACCAGGAGUCGAAGAGGAGCUACGACCAGGAGGAGGUGUUUGAGAAGCCCACGAGGGAGACCUGCCAAGGGAUGCGCCACGCGAUCUACGACAAGCUGGAUGACGAUGGGCUCGUCUCGCCGGGCGUGCGCGUCUCUGGCGACGACGUCAUCAUUGGCAAGACGGCGUCGCUGCCGGUCACGGACGAUGAACUGGACUCGGUGGCGACGCGCUUCGUGAAGCGCGACACCAGCACCUUCCUGCGCAGCAGCGAGACCGGCAUCGUGGACCAGGUCAUGGUGACCCUCAACCAGGAUGGGUACAAGUUCACCAAGAUUCGGGUUCGUUCGGUGCGCAUCCCUCAGAUCGGAGACAAGUUUGCGAGUCGGCACGGGCAGAAGGGAACCUGCGGCAUCCAAUAUCGUCAGGAGGACAUGCCCUUCACCUGUGAAGGACUAUCUCCGGACAUCAUCAUUAAUCCCCACGCCAUCCCUUCCAGAAUGACCAUCGGGCACAUGAUCGAGUGCAUCCAGGGGAAGGUGUCGGCGAACAAGGGCGAGAUCGGGGAUGCGACGCCCUUCAAUGACACGGUGAACGUGCAGAAGGUAUCCAACCUCCUGCAGGAGUACGGCUACCACCUCCGCGGCAACGAGGUCUUGUACAAUGGCUUCACGGGCCGUAAGAUCACCUCUCAGAUCUUCAUCGGCCCCACCUACUACCAGCGCCUCAAGCACAUGGUGGACGAUAAGAUCCACUCACGCGCCCGGGGCCCCGUGCAGAUCCUCGUGCGACAGCCCAUGGAGGGGAGGUCUCGGGACGGAGGCCUGAGGUUCGGCGAGAUGGAGCGCGACUGCCAGAUCGCGCACGGCGCCGCCCAGUUCCUGCAGGAGCGGCUGUUCGAGGUCUCUGACCCCUACCAGGUGCACGUGUGCAACCUGUGUGGCCUCAUGGCCAUCGCCAACACGCGCACGCACACCUACGAGUGCCGCGCCUGCCGCAACAAGACCCAGAUGUCGCUGGUGCGCCUGCCCUACGCCUGCAAGCUGCUCUUCCAGGAGCUCCUGUCCAUGAGCAUUGCGCCACGGAUGAUGGUCACAUGACUUCGCUCACUCGCUCAACAAACACCACACGCGUACAACCACCCCGCGGCGCUGGGCGUAAGAGAACGUCUAAAUAGCAAAGUUGGCUACGUACGUUGCGAACGAAGUCCAACAUACCUACAGACGUACACACAUAUGAAGCAAAAGACGAGCGGCCCAAGUAGCUCAAGGGGCAUCCUGGGAUUCACUAAAACAUUAAAUAGGGGUGCAUAACAUACCGGUUCAAAUUCAAAUCCUAAUAAACAUGAGCCAAGUAAUGUAAAACAAUUAAGUCGUAACAUUUCUUGAUUAUUGAAGGGUUUGUCUGUCACUGUGUAGCUACUACUAGUGUAACUAUUCAAAUACCAAUUUAAAAUAAUUCUCACCAGGCCCCCACGGCGUAAACACGUGCCAUCUCCAACUCGCAUCGUCCACUCUGCCUCUCUACAUGCCUCUCUGUGUAUGUGCCAUUAAGGAUUAUUGCCCAAGAUGUUACCUAUUAUAUAAAUGCGUCUUCUUUCAAGGCCACACUGAGUCGUUAUUGACGAGCGUGUCGACUUGUCUUGUUAUUUGUGCUUGUGCACCACUGCCAACGCAGCAGCAUCACUAAAUAAAAUGUUUUAUCUUUCA